AAUCCGAUUCUCGCCUCCCGUGCUUUACGUCGCCCGCUAAGGUCCAGACCCUGCUCCGUCCCCGUCCCGAUUCGAUUCGACUUCACAAGCGCCCGGCCAGUCCAAACCCAGCCAAGCCAAGCCUCAUCUUGCUUCGCUGACUUUUGAGCUGCAUUUGCUUCUGCUACUGUACCCCUGCGACUUUGAUCCUUUUGCCAUCAUCAUCAUCGUCGUCGUCGCCGUCAACAUCAUCGAAACCACUACCAUCAAUACAGCCUCUGUCUCAAAUCGGAUUUUCACUUCCACGAUUUACACCGCAAGAUACAGUGUCCUGCGAGAUACUACCACGGCGCUCCGACUCCACCCCCGAUCCAUUCUUUAGGUUCAAGACUCAGCAUGGGACUUUGCUAUCUUUCACGAUAAUUCAACGUUGUCCACCAUAUCGAUCCCCUCGCGAUGGGCAAUGGCCAAGGAAAGCCCGUCGACCUGAACGGCGAAGUGAACUUGAAUCAUUUCCGCCUCUUGCGAGUCGUCGGCCGAGGUGCCUUUGGCAAGGUCCGAAUUGUUGAGCGAAAGGACACGAACCUGUCCUUCGCCCUCAAGUAUAUCCGAAAAGAUGAAGUCGUACGAUCCGAAAGCGUGCGAAACAUCAUCCGCGAACGCCGAAUGCUGGAAUAUGUUAACCAUCCUUUCAUUUGCAACUUGAGAUACAGUUUUCAGGAUAUUGAGUACAUGUAUCUGGUAGUUGAUCUAAUGACUGGCGGAGAUUUGCGAUUCCAUAUUUCGAGAAAGACCUUUACCGAAGAGGCUGUUCGAUUCUGGAUUGCCGAGCUUGGAUGCGCUUUGCGAUAUGUGCACAGCCAAAAUAUCAUCCAUCGAGAUAUCAAGCCUGACAAUGUUCUGCUCGAUGCGGAUGGCCAUGUUCAUUUGACUGAUUUUAAUGUUGCUUCCGACGUCGUUCCAGGCAGGACACUUACUAGCAAGUCCGGCACAUUGGCUUAUCUUGCACCUGAAGUUUACGCUGGUAAAGGAUACGAUGUGCGGGCAGAUUGGUGGUCCUUAGGUGUUCUGUUCUACGAAUGUAUUUACAACAAGCGCCCAUUCGAAGGUGGCUCAGAAGGAUCUCUCAGUCAACAGAUCCAGGCCGCUUCUCCCAAAUACCCCGUUACGCAGCCGCCUGUGUCCCUCGCUUGCCUCUACGCAAUCGGCUCCGCGCUCGACCCGAACCGCGAUACUCGAAUGGGAUCAACAUGGGAGAGCUUCACACAAAACGAAUUCUUUAAGUGCUUUGAUUUCGAACUACUCGAACUCAAGAGAAUCGAACCCAUUUUUGUUCCUUCAUCCGAGAAGACGAAUUUCGAUGCCACAUACGACCUCGAGGAGCUGCUAUUAGAGGAGGCUCCACUCGAAGCCCGCGCGAGACGUCAGAAACCACGAGAGCGUCUAAAGGACGAUGCAACUGAGAAAGAGAUCAGGGAGGACGAGCUGUAUCGCAUGAUUGAGACAGACUUCAAGCCAUUCGACUAUACAGUGGCUGCCUACAAGCGAAUCACCGAAGGCACUGGUGCCAACCCAGAAGGACACCCCGAUUCAGAUAACGCUCCUCAAGCGAUCACAACGGAUGAAGCGACGCCUAUGCCCGCAGUUAACGGAGGGUAUCAGUCCUCACCCCUUAACCCAAGCACCAGCAAUGAAAGCCGGCAGGGACGCCCUGUACGCCCUGCUCCGCCACCUCCACUGCAGAAUGACUUCCGAGCUCGCCAUGUUCCGAUUGUUGCCGGCCAACGGAUGACAAGUCCUACUGGAGGCGUACAAGUAACUCUUGAUGGCAGCGGUAGUUGGUCUGAACUAGCUCGCCAGGAUGCAACCUUGCCCACGGAUGCUAACAAUAUUGGUGACGGCAAGAGUGAAGGCUCUGGCGGCAUGUUCGGAUUCCUCAAGGGCAAGAAGGGUCGUACAAAUAGUCCCAAGCCAAAAGAAAGGGGUGUGUUGGGCAAGGAAGGCGCACGAGUUGUCAUCGGAUAGAGGAAGAUGGAGGCUCACAGCAGGCCUUUUGCGUCCCAAAGUCGACAGACAAACAGCCAGUCGACGAAUUGCACGCCAACGCCGAGAUUUAUCGGCUUCAAUCAUACGAAGAGUCUGCACCAACGAACUGAUUAUCCAACAAUUCCUGCGGUACCAGCCUGCAUUAUCCGGCAUACACUGGCACCGCGUUUCUUGGCCACUGUUCAACCGCCGCACUCGAGCAUGCAUUUCGACCAAGAUACGGCAAUAGUAGCAGCGCAAGGACGAUGAGAAACGGCCUCUACUUCA